AUGGAUGUAAGGGAUAACUUUACUGACUUUACGCUGGCGUCGAACUACAUCAUGCAGUUGGCGAUCGACGAAUAUCAGGCGGAACGCAAUUGGACACGACUGAUCGACAGAUAUUGGAACCUGGUCGAAGACCUGCUAGGAGAUCCGCGAGCGAAGCAUCUCCCGUUCAUGGACAAUCCACUGCCAACGCUUGGGAUGGUGUUGACCUACCUCGCCUGGGUGUUGAUCAUUGGACCGACGUACAUGCGCGACCGGAAACCAAUGCAGCUGACAAAUACACUCUUCUACUACAACCUCGGACAGGUCCUGCUGAGCGCAUACAUGUUCUACGAGCACCUGAUGGCAGGCUGGGCCCGUGGAUAUAGCUUGACAUGCCAACCGGUCGACUACAGUGACGACCAUCUGUCCCGUCGGAUGUUCAAUCUCUGCUACAUCUACUACCUUUCGAAGCUAUCUGAAUUUGCGGAUACGGUAUUCUUUGUGCUGCGCAAGAAAAAGUCACAAAUUUCAUACCUUCAUCUUUAUCAUCACUCGCUUACACCCAUCGAGGCUUGGAUUCUAACCAAGUUCCUCGCAGGUGGUAAUACAACGCUUCCCAACAUUAUCAACAACUUCGUCCACACGCUGAUGUAUCUGUACUACAUGCUGUCGUCGAUGGGACCACGCUAUCAAAAAUAUCUUUUCUGGAAGCAGUUUUUGACCGAAAUACAGAUUGCCCAAUUUAUUAUCUGCAUCGGGCAUGCAAUCAACGCACUGUUUACGGAUUGCGCCUACCCAAAGUUUAUCACCUUCUUGUUGCUGUGCAAUGCAAGCAUAUUCUUCGUUCUGUUCAUGAAUUUCUAUCUGGAAAAUUACCGAAGGAAGGCCACUGUGAAGGCGGUCCAAGAAACGACGACAGCUCAAACCCCAACAGCAUCCGGACAGCACCAACAAACGGUAUCAACCGAGACGCUCAAGAAGCAACAAUGACUUUCCCUAUUCGAAAGACUGAAUACGGAUAUCAAGUGAUUUUUGUAAAUAGCACUACCUAUCUGUUGAGCAAUUAA